AUUGAUACACAUUAGCUGUUUAAAACACAUAUAUAUUUUCUUUUUGUCAAUUGAGUGUGCUGUAUAGUUUGAAAUUAAUUUGCAACAAAUAUUUGUGAUUUACAAUAGUCUAUGAAAUUUUCUAAUAAGUGCAAAAUCAAAUACAUAUGGAAUCUAUAUGAAGUGAAAUAAAAUCAAAUAAUUGGCAAACAUGUAAAGAAAUGCAACGUCUUCUUUCAUUUGUUGGGAGAUCGUCGUCGUCGGUACCUUUUCGAUAGGUACGUUGUGUUGUGUUCGUAUUCGUAAUUUUUGAAUCGGGACUGAGAAGAAAGUGAAAAGGAAUUUAUAGCAAGUGGAUUAAUACAUAGUACACCUGAACGAAGGAAAGAACACCAAACACGCAUAAACAUGGCGGAUUUGGAAGCUGUGCUGGCGGAUGUCAGCUAUCUGAUGGCCAUGGAGAAAUCCAAAUGCACACCAGCAGCAAGAGCUAGCAAAAGGCUUGUUUUGCCUGACCCCAGUGUCCGCAGCGUAAUGUAUAAGUAUUUGGAAAAGGAGAGCGAGUUGAAUUUCCAUAAAAUAUUUAAUCAAAUACUAGGAUAUUUGCUCUUCAAAGACUUUUGUGAAAAUGACUCCGAGGAACCAAUACAGCAGCUAAAAUUUUAUGAACAGAUAAAAAAUUUUGAGAAAACGGAAAGCUACGAAGAGCGUAAAGAAUUAGCACGAGAAAUAUAUGACAAUUUUAUCAUGGAAGAAAUGCUCUCUCACACAUACGAAUAUUCCAAAGAAGCUGUAGCCAGUGUACAGAAAUAUCUUUUAAAAAAUGAAGUACCCGUUAAUUUAUUUGAGCCUUAUAUCGAGGAGAUCUUCAACCACCUAAAAGGAAAGCCGUUCAAAAAGUUCUUAGAGAGCGACAAAUUCACACGUUUUUGCCAGUGGAAGAACUUGGAGCUUAACAUACAGUUGACCAUGAACGACUUCAGUGUACACCGUAUUAUCGGACGCGGUGGCUUUGGCGAAGUGUACGGCUGUCGAAAAGCUGACACCGGCAAAAUGUAUGCCAUGAAAUGUUUGGACAAGAAACGCAUCAAAAUGAAACAAGGUGAAAUGCUGGCGUUAAACGAGCGAACUAUGUUGCAAGCAGUGAGCACAGGGAUGGAUUGUCCUUUCAUUGUUUGCAUGACCUAUGCAUUUCAUACACCCGACAAGCUGUGCUUCAUACUUGAUUUGAUGAAUGGCGGCGAUUUACAUUACCAUCUUUCACAGCACGGUGUGUUCAAUGAGGAUGAGAUGAAGUUCUAUGCAGCUGAGGUAAUUUUGGGCUUGGAACACAUGCACAAACGCUUUAUUGUCUACAGAGACUUAAAACCUGCAAACAUUUUACUCGACGAAAAUGGGCACAUUCGUAUAUCGGAUUUGGGUUUGGCAUGUGAUUUUUCGCGUAAAAAACCACACGCCUCGGUAGGCACACAUGGCUAUAUGGCGCCAGAGGUGCUUUCAAAAGGCACUGCCUAUGACUCAUGUGCCGAUUGGUUCAGUUUCGGCUGUAUGCUGUACAAAUUGCUUAAGGGUCAUUCACCGUUUAGACAGCACAAAACAAAAGAUAAACACGAAAUCGAUCGAAUGACCUUGACUAUGAACGUUGAAUUGCCCGACUGCUUUACACCCGAACUCAGAAGUCUUUUGGAUUCCUUGCUACAGCGUGAGGUUGAAAAGCGACUGGGGUGCAUGGGUAAUGGUGCGGAUGAAGUGAAGAUGCAUCCAUUCUUCUCAGGUAUCGAUUGGCACCAAGUCUAUGUUCAAAAAUAUACACCGCCAUUAAUACCACCGAGAGGCGAAGUUAAUGCCGCCGAUGCUUUCGACAUUGGCUCCUUCGAUGAGGAGGAUACGAAAGGCAUUAAGCUAACGGAUAGCGAUCAAGAGCUAUACAAAUUCUUUCCACUUACAAUUUCCGAAAGGUGGCAACAGGAAAUCGCCGAAACAGUAUUCGAAAGUGUUAACAUUGAAACAGAUAAAAUCGAGCAAAAGAAAAAAGCCAAACAAAAGCAGCAUUUCGAUGCGGACGAAAAGGAGUCGGACUGCAUUUUACAUGGUUAUAUAAAAAAAUUGGGCGGCUCUUUCGCUUCGCUCUGGCAAACCAAAUACGCUAAACUUUAUCCAAAUCGAUUGGAGAUGCACUCAGAGAGUGGUAGCAAUAAGCCAGAGUUGAUUUUUAUGGACCAAAUCGAGGACAUUUCCUCCGAUUUCAUACAUUACAAAGGCGAACAAUGCAUACAAAUUCGAGUUAACGAUGGAUCUCGUGAUGGACGCAUAAUUCUUACAAAUUCAGAUGAAAUCGGCUUAAAAGAGUGGGCUUUCUCCUUACGGUCGGCUCAUAAAAAAUCACAAGAGCUUUUAGGCUCUAUGGCACGGAAAGCAGGGAAAAUCUAUGGCAGCGAACGUGAUGGAAAUAAAUCUUUGUACAUAUUAACGGGUAGCAAUCCAAUUUCCAAAGUCUCAAAUGGAUCCAACUAGCAAAUAUACAAAGGACAUACAGGACAUUUGCAGAUGAUGACGUUGAUGAUGGGGGAGCAGUAUAAGCAGAAACCGCAGCAACAGAAGAAGAAAAAGCACCAGCUCCAACUCCAACUCCAACUCGUAUUUCAGUUUAUUAAACAAACGCUUUUUUUAUUAUAAUGUGUAACAUUUUGUAGACUAUUUUUUCAUGAUGAUAAUGAUUCGUUUGAUAUACUUUUAACUACUGUUACUCGGGAGUAAAAUAAACCAGAAAGUACUAAGAUCUAACAAACAUACAUAAUACAUGCAUACAUACGUACAUGCUAUAUUAGAGAAUAUAACAAAAAAAAAGAGUAAACUAUUAUUGCACAAGUGGAGCAGCGCAGACAAAGUGCUUGGAUAAAUCGACUGAAAAGUGAAGCGCAUAAAUAGCAACCAUAAAGCAUUAGCGUUCUAGUAAAUCCAAACAUUUGACUUGCCAAUGCUUACGUAGACACGUAAAUCCCUACCUACAUACAUACAUACAAACAAACGAGUACAUUAGAAAUGGGCAUAUCAAAGUGUUAAUUAAUUAUGCGCUCGCUUUUGUGACGCAAUAUUAUGUAUGUGUAUGGGCCCAACGUUGGUAUAUAACAGAAAAAAAUAAAAUAAAGCGUACGAAUUUGCAUUUGACUAAAAAUAACAAAAAAAAAAAGCAAAAACAAAAAGUAAUCAAAUAUUAGAACAAUCAAUGGUAAUUUGACCGCUGGUCGAGUAGUUAUAGUUGAACCACCAUUUAAGCGGAUUUAAAUAUCCGCACACAUAAAUACAUACAUACAUGCAUAGAAACAUAUAUACAUAUGUGUACUGGGCUCUUAGCAGCCGGUUGAUGUGCAAUUGCAAUGUUAUUCGAAAUCACGCCUAUCAUAGGAGUAUAGUAGAUGAUACCAUACAUAUGUAAACUUAUCAUAAUUUUGCUGUAAAUCGUACAUUUUGUGUUUUAAGUUGUUGUUAUUUUUAUUGUAUUUGUGUAAUUAUUUGUUAACUAAAUGAAAUUCUGCAAAGAAUAUGA